AGAAUUUCCUACAAUCAACUCAAUUCUCUUACAGUUACGUAAAAUCAUAAUAUUAUUCGUUUAAUAUGUGCAUUUAUUAAAGAUAUACAUAACCAAAAUAAUAUUAGUCUUUCAUAAUGUGGCAUUUAAUACAAUUGCAUUCAUGUCAGUUAAUGAGACAAAGAUUGUUAACUACAAAAAACAAUGGUAUUUUUGCUAAUUUACUGAAAAAUAAACCAUCUGGGAUUUUAAAACGCAAUUUUGCGGAUAUUAAAGUCAAUGCUGAGAAAAGUGCAAAAAAUAACUUUUUCCUCAUUUGUAGCCCUUGGAAACUCUGUUCAGGUGUUAGUUUAGGUUUAGCUGUUCGAGCUUUAUUAAGCCAUAAUCAGGUAUUAUGCAAAGCGGUUCAGAAUUCCAGGAUUAUACAGCGCAGGCCGAAUGUUUCCGUAGACAGUUCCAAAUUUGAUUGGCAGAAGUUAUUUGAAUAUUUGAAGCCUCACCGGUGGCUUUUGGCAGCAGCUGUUGCAUCGGCCUUAGCAGUAGCAUUUUUAAAUGUGUACAUUCCAGCCAUGUUGGGUGUAAUAGUGAAUGUUUUAGCAAGUAUUAAAACAAAUCCUAGUGCUGAUUUUAUUGAUGAAAUUAAGUUACCAGCUCUAAAAUUGAUAUCUCUGUAUAUUGGACAGGCUGCAUUUACGUUUAUUUAUAUACACUUGUUGUCACAAGUAGGAGAGAAAGUAGCUGUACAGAUGAAGCAAGAUCUUUUUGUGUCUGUAUUAAAUCAGGAUAUGGAAUUUUUCGACCGAGAGAGGACAGGGGAACUUGUAAACAGGUUAACUGUUGAUGUUCAAGACUUUAAGAGCUCCUUCAAACAAACUAUUUCUGGUGGCUUAAGGGCUUUGACUCAGGUGGUCGGGUCAGCUGUCAGUCUACUAGUUAUAUCACCUCAUUUGACUGGACUGACGAUGGUGUGCGUCCCAUCUGUAGUUAUAGGAGCAACAUUUAUAGGUUCUUUGCUAAGGAAGCUUUCAAGAGAGGCUCAAGCUCAGAUAGAAAAGGCAACACUAGUGGCAGAAGAAGCUAUAGCGAACAUGCGCACGGUAAGAGCAUUCGCUGGCGAACAGAAUGAGGCGGGAAUGUUCGCGGCCGAAUGCGAAGCUGCCGCGGAUCUCAGUAUGGAACUCGGGCUUGGAGUGGGACUCUUUCAGGCCGGCACUAACCUCUUCUUAAAUGGUAUGGUGUUGAGCACUAUGUUCCUCGGCGGUCACCUGAUGUCGACGGGUCACAUGUCCGCGGGCGACGUCAUGGCGUUCCUGGUCAACGCUCAGACAGUCCAGAGAUCAGUGGCGCAGCUGUCUUUGUUGUUCGGCUCCGUUGUGAAAGGGAUAAGUGCAGGCGGUCGAGUUUUCGAGUACAUAAAUAAGACGCCGAAGAUGGAUACGUUGGGAAAUAAGACCAUCAAAUAUCACGAAUUUCGUGGAGACAUAGAAUUCAAAGAUGUCACAUUCGCUUAUCCAACCAGACCAGAAGCGAUUGUUCUAAAACAUUUUAAUUUAAAAAUUCCGGCGGCGAAGACUGUUGCUAUAGUGGGAACAUCGGGAAAUGGUAAAUCAACUAUCGCAGCGCUGUUGGAGAGGUUUUAUGACGUCAGUGACGGUCAAGUGACGAUAGACGGUGUGGACGUUCGCGAGUUCGAUUGUAAAUGGCUGAGGGGCAGAGCCCUGGGGCUGAUUAGUCAGGAGCCCGUUUUGUUUGCCACCAGCGUCAGGGAGAAUAUAAGAUACGGGAAACCAGAAGCCACAGAUGAUGAGGUAAACUUAUAAUUAUGAAACAUUAAAUUAAGUAGUUUUAUAAUUUAUUGAUUCAAAUUUAUCUGCAGAUUACAUGAACCGAAAACCGAGCGGCCAUGGCGCAGCAUCGUGUGACGUCACAUUUCAAUAUACUAAACGUCACGAGUUUGUUGCGAGUGCAAUCAGUACUCACAUUUUUUGAGAUGUGACGGCACGGUUGGAAAUGUCACGUGACUGAUUGCUUUCGCAGGACUAUUUGAAUGAAUGAAUAAAAAUAUGUAUUUCAUUUAAUGAAUAAAUAUUGAAGUGUAAUGACUGUAUAAAAUAAAACCGGGAGAGAAAAGUUGCCUUUCUGAGUUUCUUGCCGGUUCUUUUUAAUACAAUAUCUCCUGCCAUAGAUUGUUAAUAGACAGAUGUAAACAGACGGCAUAGUUGUCCUCUUUCUCAAACACUUUUUAACAGGUGAGACUUAAUAACAAAAUUAAUAUUACAAAACAAUUGAGUAUUUUAUAAGAAAGCAGAGAUGAGCAAAAAGUAAUCCUGAUUUUAGUAGCGUUGUUGAGAAUUAGCAGUGACGUAUAGCAAUUGACCAGCCUCGGUUGUUUAACAGCUAGUUUUCCAGGAUGGUGCAAACCAUGCUAUAUUAUAUAGCUGGAUAGUGCUGAUAAUAGACGUCUGCCGUAAUCAUGUGGCCAGAUUUGAGAAAACUGUAAUGUACGACACCGGCACUAGUUCACCAAACGCUUACAUGUAACUUUUUGGGGUCAUUUUCGCUUGGAGCAGGAUUUGGCUGGCAUACCAGGGUCCAACCAUUGCGAUGAGCGCUUCCGAUUAUCGUAGAGAAUCCACUUUUCAUCACAGGUAAUGAUUCGAUUUAAAAACCCUUCAUUAUUGUGCCGGUUAAGUAAUGUAACGCAGCAGUCGAAGCGCGUUUGCCGGUAUGCUUCACUCAAUGAGGUACCCAUCUUUCAAGCUUUUUAAUCUUUCCAAUUUGCUUCAAGUGGAUGAAAAUAGUUUUAUCACUAAAACCGCAGCCUGCAGCUAACUCGGACGUGAUUUGCGAUCCGCUUCCAUAAUAGCCUUCAAUUCUUCAUUAUUAACUUUCUCCGCCCGUCCGCUUGUUCUGCAGAUCGAAAUUUCCAGAACUAUAACGUUGGAACCAAAAACGCACUGUGUUUUCUUUUGCGACACAACCACCAUACACAUCAUUAACCCUUCGAGCCGUUUCCGCAGCACUGGUACCACGGUGGAACUCGUACUCGUAAAUAACACGAUAUUUCAAGUUUUCCAUUUUUUAUACUGGGUGACGUAAAUAGGUC